AUGGCCUCCUCUACGGGUACCACGUCGCUCUCCGAGAUCCCCACGGUCGCUCAGCUUUAUGAAUCCUCCGCGCUCCGCCCUUCGCCCAGGCCUCUUGCCCACCCCUCGGCAGCCGCAAACGCCGGCGUCGGCCUCAUCCGCGGCGACAUCACUAAACUCCAGCUCGACGCCAUUGUCAACGCGGCGAACGAAUCCCUUCUUGGCGGCGGCGGUGUCGACGGCGCCAUCCACCGCGCCGCUGGCAAAGGCCUCCUUGCCGAGUGCAAAGGCCUCGGCGGCUGUCCCACUGGUCAAGCUAGGAUCACGAGGGGGCACGAUCUCCCUGCCAAGUGUGUCAUCCACACUGUCGGCCCCGUGUACAACUGUGGAAACCCUCAGGAGAGCGAGCGACUUCUCCGAAGUUGCUACGAGGAAUCGUUGAAAUUGGCCGUCGUGAGUGGCGUCAAGACUCUUGCAUUCUCCGGCAUCAGCACUGGAGUCUAUGGUUACCCAAGCCUGGAGGCUGCUCAUGUGGCAUGCGAGACGGUCCGCAACUUUCUGGACAGGGACAGCAACAGUAUUGAGAGAGUCGUCUUUGUCACCUUCGAGGCGAAGGACGUCGCUGCGUACAACGAGGUGCUUCCGGAGUACUUCCCCGAGGCAUGA